AUGCUAUUAUUUUCAUCUAAUGCAGCAGCACAAUCAAUAGGAGUAUGCUACGGGCAAGUAGGAAAUAACUUACCUUCUGCUAAAGAAGUAAUAGAUCUUUACAAAACAAAUAACAUUGGAAAAAUGAGAAUAUAUAAUCCUAAUCAAGAAACCUUGCAAGCCCUAGGAGGUUCUAACAUAGAACUUGUCAUUGGGGUCCCUAAUGAAGAAAUUCAAUCAAUAGCUAAUGAUGUUUCAUCAGCUACUAAUUGGGUCCAAAACAAUAUACUAAAAUAUUCUCAAAAUGUCAAUUUUAAGUACAUUGUUGUUGGAAAUGAAAUAGAUCCUAGUAAAGAUGCAACAUCACAAUUUGUUCUACAUGCAAUGGAAAACAUUUAUACAUCACUUGCAUCUUCAAAUCUACAAAAUCAAAUUAAGGUUUCAACAGCUAUACACAUGGCCCUAUUGGGAAGUUCAUAUCCUCCAUCAACAGGAGCAUUUAGUUCUUCUUCAAUUUCAUACAUAACUCCAAUAGUUAACUUUCUUGCUAGGAACGGUGCACCACUUCUUGCUAAUGUGUAUACCUAUUUUGCUUAUAUUGGUAAUAAACAAGACAUUCCUCUUGACUAUGCUCUUUUUAAGCAACAAGGAAUCAAUGAUGUUGGGUACCAAAAUCUCUUUGAUGCACAAUUAGAUUCGAUAUACGCUGCUCUUGAGAAAGUUGGAGGUUCGAAUGUGAAGAUAAUUGUGUCUGAGACUGGGUGGCCAUCUGUGGGCGAAGAUAGCGCCACAACUGGCAAUGCUGCUACAUAUUAUGCUAAUUUGAUCAGUCAUGUUAAGAGCGGAAAUGGGACUCCUAUGAGACCUGGUCAAGCUAUUGAGGCAUACUUGUUUGCAUUGUUUGAUGAAAAUCAGAAACCUGGAGCAGCAACUGAACAACACUUUGGACUCUUUAAUCCUAACAAAUCACCUAAAUAUCAAUUAGGUUUUCUUUGA